CAGGCGCACGGGGACAACCGUUGAACGUUUCUUCCCGCCUUGCCUCUCAUGCGGGCCUGGCGCGAGCUGCGGCGGGCGGUGUCCUCCGCCCUCUCCUCCGGCGAUGGGGCGGCCCCCGGCGGGAGGCCUCGCAGGCGAGCGUGGGAGACGUCGCUGUCGCCGCUGGAGCGGGUGAGGCGGCUGCUGCCGCCGGAGGAAGCGGCGGCGGUGGGGCGGUGCGCGGCGGCCCCUCACGUUCCCCCUGAGGAGAAGAAGGAGGAGGAAGAGGCGGCGGCGGUGGCGGCCGCCGCCGCCCCCCUUCAGGCGCCGGUUGAGGCGGCGGGAGCACGUCCCGCGCCGUUCCGCGCCGGGGAGCUGGCGCUGGCGGAGGUCCGGAGGAAGCAUAACACGACGCUGAAGCUGAUGUGUCGGCUGGUGGCGGGAUCGGUGCUGACCAGCCCUGGCGGCCUCCUGCCCCACCGGGACAUCAUCGGGCAGCUGCCCGGGCAGGUGCUGCGCACGUCGGCCGGGGCGCGGCUGCUGCUGAGGCGGCCCUCGCUGGAGGAGUAUGUGCUGCUGAUGCCGCGGGGGCCCACCAUCGCCUACCCCAAGGAUAUAAGUGCUAUUUUAAUGAUGUUGGAUGUCCACCCGGGAGACACUGUUUUGGAAACUGGCAGCGGGUCUGGUGCUAUGAGCUUGUUUCUGUCAAGAGCAGUUGGGCCCAAAGGACACGUUAUAAGUUAUGAAAUCAGAGAUGAUCAUCAUAAUUUAGCCAAGAAGAAUUACAGGCACUGGCGUACUGCAUGGGAAAUAGGACAUAUGGAAGAGUGGCCAGAUAACGUGGAUUUCAUUCUUAAAGACAUUUCAACAGCUGCUGCGGAUAUGAAAUCUGUAACAUUUGACGCAGUAGUUCUGGACAUGCUUAACCCUCAGUCUGCUCUGCCUGUUGUACACCCAAGUCUGAAACAGGGUGGUGUGUGCGCUGUGUAUUUAGCAAACAUCACACAGGUUAUUGACCUUUUAGACAGAAUACGGACCUGCAAGCUCCCUCUUUUGUGUGAAAGGAUCACUGAGGUGACUCAUAGAAAUUGGUUGGUACUCCCUGCUAAAAUCAAGAAUUGCAAAUCAAGCAAAAUGGUGGAAACUCAAGAAAAUAUUGAAGAACCACCUCAAAAGGAAUAUGGAGAAAUCCACUUUCAGGAUCAACUAGUUCUUAAAGAAAGUGAAUACAAUGAAUUGCUUUCUGAUGACACUGAAACAUACUACUCGGUGCCUUACGUUGCUAGACCAUCUUACUGGCAGGAUGCUCAUUCAGCAUUCCUUACCAAGCUGAGAAAGUUUCAACCACUGCUUUCUUGAUGCUGCUGAGAUGUUAGCUGCUAAUUUGAGUAUUGUAUCAGAAGAAAAUAAAACGUUACACAGUAA